GUAAUUGUUGAAGAAAUCAAUCCAUCUUUUCAGUUCACCUGCCGACUUUUGCCACUUUCACUUUAUAUCUUCUUCAAUUUGCUGUUUGUUUCCUUUUUCUCUUCGUGUAUAAGCAUACGCGCCAUUGUAGGAAUAAAUGAUAUCUUGGCAAUUUUCCCCUUUCUUUUUUUCUUUUCUUUCAUUUUUUUGAUGCCUUUUUCUUCCUUUACGCUUUCUUCUCUUAGAACCCUUUUGGGGUUUAUUGUCGUUGGGCAGAGCUUUAGGGGCCCCCACGUUCUGUAUGUCUUCUAAGCAUUGAAAAGCUUUGAUUUCCCCAACUGGGUUUGAUGUUUCUUCGUCAUUCCCUAUUGGGUUUGAAUUGCGAUACGCUUACAUCCUCCUCUUUGACUUUGAAUUUCUGAGAAAUCAACUUCUCAACCGAUCUUUGCGUGUCUGCUUCGCCGUAUUUGCUGAUGUAUGAAUGUGAAUAACCUUCAACUUUUCUUUCUCCUUAUUCUCAAUUACCUUUUCGGUCUGGGGCUGCCAAAUUACUUGAAUUAAUAAAAAUAUCUCUCUCCCCUUUUCUCCCUUUUCCUCCUCCUUGAAUAGAUUAUACGCUUACAAGAAUAGGACAGAGAGAGAGAGGUGGAAACGAAUCAUAGAGGGGGCUUCUUUGAUUACGGCGUAAUUCUGGCUUUCUUUUAGCGAAUUGGGAUCUUUUUCUUAUCUGGGUCUCUGCUGCUUCCGCCAUUCGUGCAGCUUCUUGAUUGAUUUCCAGAGGUAAAACUUUUUCAUUGAUCAUGGGCAGAUUAGACUAAACACCAUGGGUUGGCUAAGCAAAAUUUUAAAAGCUGGAUCUGGCCAUAAAAUAACUGAAAGGAAUUACCAGACAAACUAUGAGGAGGAUCCGAAUUCUCAUCUGCCCUCGACUUCAGAGGGUUUAUGGUCAGAGAACGAGAACGAAGACAUCGAUCGUGCUAUAGCAAUUUCUCUCUUAGAAGAAAAUCAGAAGGCAAAUAAUGUGAUUGAUCGUGAUUAUCAAUUGGAAGAAGAUGAACUGCUUGCCAAAGCAGUACAAGAGAGCCUCAAUUUUGAAUCUCCUCCACAAUAUACAAAUGGAAAUAUGUAUCAACCUUAUCUACCCCAAUAUCAAUUGGGUUCGAGGAUAUGUGCUGGAUGCUAUGUCGAGAUUGGCUACGGACGUUACUUGAACUGCCUCAAUGCAUUUUGGCAUCCUGAAUGUUUCCGUUGCCGCGCUUGCAACCUUCCAAUCUCAGACUACGAGUUUUCUACUUCUGGGAAUUUUCCCUACCAUAAAUCUUGCUACAAGGAGAAUUAUCACCCAAAAUGUGAUGUUUGCAAGCAUUUCAUUCCAACAAAUCCUGCUGGUCUUAUUGAAUAUAGGGCACACCCUUUCUGGAUCCAGAAAUAUUGUCCCUCUCAUGAAUACGAUAGUACUCCCCGAUGUUGCAGUUGCGAACGAAUGGAGCCACAAGAGGUUAAGUAUAUUUCACUUCAUGAUGGUCGUAAGCUUUGCCUCGAGUGUCUCGACUCUACGAUCAUGGACACAAAAGAAUGCCAACCUCUUUAUCGUGAGAUACAAGAAUUUUAUGACGGUUUGAAUAUGAAAGUCGAGCAGGAAGUUCCGUUGCUUUUAGUUGAAAGGCAAGCACUAAACGAAGCAAGAGAAGGAGAAAAACAUGGCCAUUAUCAUAUCCCCGAGACAAGAGGACUGUGUCUCUCAGAGGAACAAACCAUUAGCACUAUUCUAAGGCGACCUAGAUAUGAAAGGGGGAACCGAGUAACGGGCAUGAUGACGGAGCCAUACAAACUAAGACGUCAUUGUGAGGUCACUGCAAUUCUCAUCCUGUUUGGUCUUCCUAGGUUGCUUACCGGGUCGAUUUUAGCACAUGAGAUGAUGCAUGCAUGGCUGCGUCUUAAAGGUUUUCGAACUCUUAGUCAAGACGUAGAAGAAGGUAUCUGUCAAGUUCUAGCACACAUGUGGUUGAGUAACGAGCUCAUGUCUUGUCAAGAAUCUAACGAUGUUGCCUCGACCUCGUACUCCGCUGCUCCUGCAGCAUCAUCAAGAAGAAAACCAAUGUCUAAAUUUGAGAGAAAACUUGGGGAGUUCUUCAAACACCAGAUAGAGUCAGACAUGUCCCCAGUGUAUGGAGAUGGAUUUAGGGCUGGGCAGAUGGCAGUGCAUAAAUACGGUCUUCGGAGUACCCUCGAUCAUAUUCAAAUGACUGGGACCUUUCCUUAUUGAAACUGGAGAUCUGUACCGUUAAAUGAUGUCAAUUCUUUAAAUUUCUUCACUUCUUCCAUUUCUUUUCUUGGCCUUCCAUAUUUACAGCUAAGGCCAAAUUCAUAGAAAGAUCAGCUUUGUGCAGAUUAAGUUAAAUUAGAUUCAUUUAUUUUUAAUGCUCGUACUUC